UAGUUUUCAGCCUCUGUUGAAGUACGACAAUCGCGAUCAGUGUCACCAGUUAACACGGUCACUCGUUUAAUCACAACACCAACUUCAUAACUGAAGAUUGCAGGGUUACAUCCGGGCUUCUGACGUACGUAAACACACAUUCCGCAGCCGGUUGAAAACAUACAAAGCUGUACAGCCUCGGAUACAUGUCUUGAGUUCUUGGCUCGAUGGCUGGACUGGUGCUAACUCGGUGUGUGAGCAGGACUUUACUGACCGCACCUAGAGCAAAAUGCGUCAAAGUCAGAGGGACAACCCGGAACUACUGGACUGCUUUAAGGAGGAACACUGCUGCUCUAACUUGUGGGGGAGCUGCAGUCUUCCUCGGGCUUCCUACUCUAUCCUGUCUGCUUUAUGAAGCCAAGCUUAGAGUUCAGCGCUCAGCUGUCAUUUUCGCAUUGGAAAAAGAGGAGGUGUUGGAGCAGGCUGACUACCUGUACAGCUGUGCAGAGACAGAGAAGCUGUAUCAGCUGCUGCUGCAGUACAAGAACAGUGAUGACACACAGUUCCUAUGGAGGCUCGCCCGGGCGUCUCGUGACCUCUCUCUGAUGCCUGAUAUGGAGGGUGAGCGGAAGAAGCAGCUUGUGUACGAGGCCUUUGAAUAUGCAAAGAAAGCGCUGGAGAAGGAUGACCAGAGUUUUGCAGCCCACAAAUGGUACGCCAUAUGUAUCAGUGACGUUGGAGAUUAUGAAGGAGUCAAGGUGAAAAUUGGAAAUUCCUACUUAAUCAGACAACAUCUGGAGAGAGCCAUCGAGCUGAAUCCCAAAGAUGCCACCUCCUUACACAUCUUGGGUUACUGGUGUUUUGCAUUUGCCGAGCUGCCGUGGUAUCAGCGUAAAGUUGCUGCUGUCAUUUUUGCUUCGCCCCCAACGUCCACGUAUGAGGAGGCACUGGGGUUUUUCCUGAAAGCUGAGGAAGUUGAUCCAAACUUCUACAGUAAAAACAUGCUGAUGCUGGGGAAGACUUACAUGGCAAUGAAGGACAAAGAGAAAGCUCUGCACUGGUUAACCAAAGCUAAAGAGUAUCCUCCUCACACACACGAGGACAAAGAGGUCCAUAAAGAAGCCAUAGACCUCCUGAAGAAGCUGACAUAAAGCUGUUACACUUUGGAAUGAAAUAUUUUUGCCUCUGAGAACUUCUAGACCGUUAAUAAGUGCUAAGAUAAGGUUUUCUUUUAAUAAUAAUAAUAAUGUAUUCAAUUAAUGUAAUAACAAUGUAAUUACUGUAAUAAAGUUUAAAUGUGAGUGGUUUUUAAAGAAGAGCCAGUAACCCUGAAGACUGAGGAGAAACUCAAGGUGCUAAAUGUCCUCUUACAGGAUUAUUUCUUAAACCAAAUUUUUACUCAGUUACACUGUAAUUCCUUCUUUUUCCACUAUGAGGUUAACUGAGUCUGAAGUAGAAAUAGAAUUCUGUCAUUCUUUUACUAAAAGGCAAACUCAAACAUUGCAUUGUGUUUUUUCUUCAACACUUUACACAGGAUAGUUGGCAUUUCAUAGUGAAGAUGUGAUUAAAAAAAAAAAAAGCAAGGAAAAUUAGCAAAUAAAAGGAUGCAAAUCUACUUAGCGGUUCUGUACUUAAAGGUUCUGCAAGGUCAUGGAAAUUUUACCGAGAACAUUCAUGGAAAAGCUUUGAAAUGAACUCCAUGGAUCUGUUUGUAAGCCUAUGGAUCCUGCAGCUGUCAGAUGUCACUAGACUGUCUCAUGAAAGUUAAAUUGAUAGGAAUCAAAAGGAAUUUGAAGCAGCUGCAAAAAUGGUAAGAUACAUUCAUUAAAUAUGUUCCUGUCCACAGGAACGAUUGAAUUAAAACAAAGGAUGAAUGAAUAGAGUGGUGUUUGAUUUUUCUGUAAGAACAGAAUAAAAGUGGUUUCUCCCAA